UGCGGUGUCACCUCCCCUUUAUCCCCUCUGGGGAUUCCAGAGGAGUCCCGGGAUGUUCUGCUGUGCUCCCUGCGGUGUCACCUCCCUUUUUUAACCGGUCUGUUCUCUCUGUCCCCUCCCCAGCCCUGGACAGCCGGACGCUCCCUCGGUGACUGUGACAGUGACAGUGACGGUGUCGGGGCUGUGCGGGCACGGCCUGGCCCUGCUCCUGUCCCCACGCAGCUGCAGCCAGGAGCUCUGUGCUCGGCCAGGAGCCGAUCCCGAGGGGUUGCCCAUGGAAUAGGCUCUUUUCCCGGUGCCUGGGCACAGCGGGAGGCUGGAGUUUGUGCCCUGAUCACGCCCUGCCCCGGAGCCCCCGGCCUCUGCCAUGAAUGAUGCGUCCACCAUGGAUUAUGAACUGCUCUCCCCGUCCCUGGUGGAGCACCCCGCCGGCGCCGCGGGCAUGGACGCCGAGCAGAAAACCGUGUUUGCCUUCGUCAUCUUCCUGCUGGUGUUCCUGGUGAUGCUCAUGGUGCGCUGCUUCCGCAUCCUGCUGGACCCCUACAGCCGCAUGCCCGCCUCCUCCUGGACGGACCACAAGGAGGGCUUGGAGCGGGGCCAGUUCGACUACGCGCUGGUGUGAGGGCGGGGGGCUCGGGGCAGCCCGGGGUGGGGCCGGGACAGCCCCAGGGUGGGCUCAGGGCACCCCAGGGUGGGCUUGGAGCAGCCCCAGGGGGGCUUGGAGCACUCCAGAGUGGCUUGGGGCAGCCCA